AUGGGAUGCUGUUCCUCCUGUUGUAGGCCAAGAAGACUCCCGUACAUCUGUGACCUCGUCAACAAAAACCGCGUCAUACUCUUCUCCAAGACACGCUGCGUAGACUGCCUAGAAGUGAAAAGAAUGCUGAACGAGAUGGGCCACAACUACACGACUGUCGAAAUCGACUUGUGCGAUGACGGUACGGUGGCGAAGGACCUCACCUAUCUCACAGGCUACAAAACGGUCCCCUUGCUCUUCAUCAACGGCGUCUUCAUUGGCAGCAAAUACGAGGUGGCCAAGCUCAAAUUCUGUGGCAGGCUCCAGGAGAUGAUAGGCCAAAACGCACCCAGGAGGCACAACAUCGGGCCCAUGUUCGACUACGCUAAACGAUAUAACAGAUAUUUUUAA